CAGUCGUACGAGUAACACAUAAAAAAAAAUCUUCAUAAAUUUAGAAAAAUUUUAUAUAAUUUUUACUCUUUUCAAAACAAAUUAUUCUGUUGAAAGUUAUUUUCGAUUAAAAUUUUUCGCAAAUAUAUAAAACAAUGAGUAAUUUAAAAAUUAAGGAUUGUGAGGAUGCUAAGAAAAGUGCGCCGGUGAAGGAAAGUUCUGAGGGAAGCCUUAGUUCUCUAAAGUCUGAGGAUCUUCUUGCCUUCAAUGAGUUUCUGGCUGGAUUCGAUGCAUCGGGCUAUGAUAACUUUCUAAACACUUAUAGGAAUCGCUUUUCCGAAAUGUACACUGAUGAGCAGAUAACAAAGGUCGCUGAGAACCGAUGGAAGGAGAUGCCUUACAGUCUUCGACGUCAGUUCUGUGAGAAUCCAACUGAAGCUGAAAAAGUGGAGAAUGAUUUGACCGACUUGUCCAGCAUGACCGCAUCUGAAGAAGUGAACUUAAAUUUACACACGGAUAUCGCUGUCGACAAUAUUUUCGGUACUAUGGGUCGAGCUGGACCUGACGAUACUUGUUGUCCCAAAAAAAGUAAGCCAAAGUGUAGCAAACCAAGGGCAAGAAAGAGUUGCGCCAAACCGAAGGCUAAAGUCUCGAAGCGCAAGAGGAGUUGCGCCAAGCCGAAACCCAAGUGCCCCCGACAGUGUCCUAAGCCGAAGAAGAGAAUGCAAUGCGCCAAGCCCAAGACCUCUAAACCAGAAAGAUGUCCCAAGCCAAAGCCCUCCUACCCUCCUAUGUAACUAUAGGUAACGACCACUUACCGUUCACUUUUCGGCCAUCACAUAUAUCAGGCAAAUACCAAAGAAAUGCUUAUCGGUACUGUUGGAAUCAAAGAAUUAGAGAACCUCCAGGGAACCAGGUCAAGAAACCGGCAUGGAAGCUCAUUAACUCCCUCAUUUUGAAGCUUCUUUAGAACUGAGAAACGUGGCCUUAAUGCCAGGAUGACCAUACUUAAGAUUCAUAUUAAGCCUUUAACAAUAAGCAAAUGUAUUUUCAUACCAUAAAAGUAUUGUCUGGA